CAGAAAUCGGAGAGUAUAAAAUCAGAGGCAACAUUUGCGGGCGUGCAGGCCACCUGCAGGUAAUCGGAGGUAAUGAAAAACCGGGCAAGUUGCGUGUCCCUCCUUCUCUGCCUGUCUGGGCUGAAAGCAGAAUUGAUUGCCCAUUUACACCCUCCAGUUCUAGAGUUUAUGAACAAGUCCUGUGUCUUUCCGUUUAUUUAUGGUGACGUGACUCACUACACCUGCAUCUCCGUCCACAGUGAUUAUGACUGGUGUUCCCUUGACAGGAAAUUCCGGGGCAGGUGGCGGUACUGCACAGGGUACGACCCCCCCACAUGCACCUUCCCUUUCUUCUUCAGAAAAAAGCUCUUUUACAGAUGCACCAAGGAAGGUUAUAUUUUGAAUCGGAGUUGGUGUUCCUUGACAAGAAAUUAUACCCAUGAUGGAAAAUGGAAGCAGUGUUCUCCUCACCAUCUUUAGAUGAGUCUUGGUGCUCUUGAAGGGACAGAAUUUAUAGGAUUCAUCAGCUGCCUUUCAAAAUAUAUCCUUUCCGUGAUCAUUCUGACCAAUAAAGAUUUUGACCGAUAUAGAUUUUAUCUCUCUUCCA